UUGACUGAUAGAUCCGACCCGAAAAUUCUAGGGUUUUAUCCUCUUUGUUGAAGCUGAGCUCGAGAGAGAGAGAGAGAGAGAGAGAGAUGUCGAAGAAGAACAACUUAGCGAAGAGGAAGAAGCAGCACGAGUUUGAUCUUCAAAGAGAGAAACAGGAGAAGGAGAAGAGAUCAAAGAAGCUUCAAGCUAGAAAAUCUAAAAUGAAGAUCGAUGGCACUGAGAAUAAAAGAAAAAAGAAUUCUAAUGGUUUUCAAGUAGGAAAGAAGAAGUUGAAGACUAAACUGUCAGCAUUGUCGAAGGCUAAAGCGGCCCAAGCAAUGGAGCUUGACAAAUGACUUAUAAUUCAGAAUACCAAUUAGGAAUGUUCUUUUUUUUUUUUUUUUACUUUUUUUUGUGGUUUAAAUUUUGUGAUGUAGACACUGAAAUCUUUUGUAGGCAUAUCACCAUUUGAGUUUUGUAUGCUUAUUGCCUGGGGAGCAUUGUUCUAUUGUUAUGUUUGGUAUUAUGAUGCUCCCAUUUGCAGUUUUGUACUGUGUUGGUGGGCAUUAUUAUAUGAAGCAUGGCAUCUGAAUGCCACAAUUUUUUC